AUGUCCUCGAGGUCAGAUACUAAGGCUGCACAGGAAGAUUUGGACGAUGCGAAAUUGCUGUGUUUGGGGGUGAACAGUUUGAUGGCUGUCCCGACGGAUGAGGAGGAAGCCAAGGCCAUUGCAACGCACGGCGCGAGCACUGGGGGAGUCCCCAAGAAACUGGUCAAGCGGAAGUCCACACUCAUCUUCGACGAUGAGGGCGAGGAAGCGGGCAAUCUAAGGGGUCAGGGGAAGUCGUCCGCGAGCACCGGCAGAGCAGACGGUAUGUAUGAAGGUGUGGAGACUAUAUCAUCGAGCAGCAGCGGAGAUUCAUUGACAAGUGUUGAGGACGAUACUGAUGCGAAUAAAAGUGGGAAACUGUCCACUUCUACAAGCAAGAGACACCUAAGCAUUGCGGAAUUGUCGAGAACGACGUCGCAGAUUUCGACGAGGAAGUAUGUGGAUAGGAUGGUCACCGUGGACGUCGUCUGGCAACAGGGCGGACACAAAGUGUACGUGACCGGGUCGUUCACCGCGUGGAAGAAGAUGGUCGGGCUCGUUGACGACCCGGAUAGGCCCGGUGUUAAGCAUGUUCGGUUGAAGCUGCCCGUGGGGACACACAAGUUCCGGUUUGUCGUCGACAAUGAACUGCGGUUCAGCGAUUUCUUGCCCACGGCGACGGACCAGACCGGGAAUUUCGUCAACUACAUAGAGGUGAAACCCUCUGAGGAGACUCUGGAGCUCGAAAAAGACAUCAAGAAGAUGUCACUGCGCUCAAAGUUGGCAUUGAAGAUCCGGAGCGAGCCGGACAACAUUGAUAACGGGUACACCCGGUACCACGACUCGACGAACUUGGCACUCGAAACCUACAAGUACAUAACGAAGAUCCCCGUCGUGUUCCGAGACCCGAAAAUUAUGGAGCAGUACUACCAGACCGUCGAGCAAAACAAGAAUAAAAGCCACAUGGCGUGGCUUCUACCUCCAGAAUUGCCAUCGCAGUUGGAGAGAUGCAUCCUAAACAACAAAAAUGAGGACACAGACAAUGGGCCUUGCGAACUGACCACUCCGAACUACGUCACUUUGAACCACUUGCUAACGAGCAGCAUUAAAAACAAUAUGCUCUGCCUUGGUUGUUCAGUUAGAUACAGGCAAAAAUACGUGACCCAAGUGUAUUACACGCCAUUAGAAUAG